CGGGCACGAUGGUCAAUAGUCGGUUGUACUUUUGAAUGAAGAUUCUCAGUCGUUGAAUGAAGAAGACAUGAAGAAACCCUGCCAAACUGAAAGGUUUCGUUGAGUACUCCAAUCCUGGAGCAGAUGUUCAGCUACAAUGAAGACGCGUCUUGGAAGAUAAAUAGUUGGUUGGACCCCUCUGAUGGAAGUUUUAUCUAUCUUGUUUACAAGGCAACUAUAUCAUUCUUCCCCGGACAUCAUUCUUCCCCAAACAUCCUUCCUUUCUGAACACCAUUUCCCCCCUGAAAAAUAAUCCACUCUUAACGUUACUUCAACAAUGGCCACCACAAAGAUCUCAAACAUCUCAGCUGAUGGCGUCAACGUCUUCUACCGCUCUGCUGGAUCCCCAUCAUCGCCCGUCAUUCUUCUCCUCCACGGCUUUCCCUCGUCUUCUCAUCAAUUUCGCAAUCUCAUUCCGCUCCUCGCUUCGAACUACUAUGUCAUUGCACCGGACCUGCCUGGUUUUGGCUUUACCGUCGUUCCGGAAAUCCGCCAAUACAAAUACACCUUCGCCAGCCUAGCCACCACGGUCGGUGCUUUCGUGGACGCCCUGAAAAUCAGCAAGUUCGCCAUUUACAUAUUCGAUUACGGCGCUCCAGCCGGAUUACGCCUUGCCUUGGAGAGGCCCGAAGCCAUCACAGCCAUAAUCUCCCAGAACGGAAAUGCCUACGUCGAAGGGCUGGGUGCGUUCUGGGACCCCAUCAAGGUUUAUUGGGCCUCGCAUAGCACUUCAGACCGCGAGGUACUUCGAAACAGCAUCUUGACGUUUGCCGCUACGAAGUGGCAGUACCACAACGGAGCACCGAAUCCUGAGAGCGUAGCCCCGGAGGCUUACUAUCUGGACUAUGCGCUCAUGGAAAGACCAGGCAAUAAAGACAUCCAGCUGGAUCUCUUCGGGGAUUAUGGAACUAACUUGCCUUUGUACCCGAAGUUCCAAGAGUGGUUCCGGACGAGCAACGUCCCAGUGCUAGCGGUAUGGGGGAAAAACGACGAGAUUUUUGUUCCGCCUGGUGCUGAGGCGUUCAAGAAGGAUGUGAAGAAGUUGGAGGUGCAUCUUCUCGAUGCGCCACACUUCGCGAUUGAAACGAACGAGAGGGCUUUUGCAGGUUUGAUUCUGGAAUUCUUGCAGAAGCAUGGCAUUUAGGAUUGAGAGAUGGAGAGACUUUUUCAGCUUGGUUCGGAUGCUAGAAGCCACGUGUUGAUGUUCAUAUCGUAAUGAAAAUGUUGAAAGAAGGUCGAAAGACCUCGCACAAGCGUAUGCGUCUCUUGCAUGCUUAUUCGUCCCUUCACGCG